UGUGGCGGGGCCUUUGUCUCUGGCUGCCGCCUGAGCUCCAGGUCUCCCCUUCACUGCUCUGUGUCCUCUGCUCCUGGAGGCCCAACCUCUGUGGCCCUGUGACCUGCAGGUAUUGGGAGACCCACAGCUAAGACACCGGGACCCCCUGAAAGCUUAGAAAUGGAUGACCUGAAAUAUGGAGUGUAUCCUCUUGAGGAAGCAAGUGGAUGCCCUGGGGCUGAGAGGAAUCUUCUAGUGUACUCUUAUUUUGAAAAGGAGACAUUGACAUUUAGGGAUGUGGCCAUAGAAUUCUCUCUGGAGGAGUGGGAAUGCCUGAACCCUGCUCAGCAGAAUUUAUAUAUGAAUGUGAUGUUAGAGAACUACAAAAACCUGGUCUUCUUGGGUAUUGCUGUCUCUAAGCAAGACCCAGUCACCUGUCUGGAGCAAGAAAAAGAGCCCUGGAAUAUGAAGAGACAUGAGAUGGUGGAUGAACCCUCAGCUAUGUGUUCUUAUUUUACCAAAGACCUUUGGCCAGAGCAAGACAUAAAAGAUUCUUUUCAACAAGUAAUACUGAGAAGAUACGGAAAAUGUGAACAUGAGAAUUUACAGUUAAGAAAAGGCUCCGCAAGUGUAGAUGAGUAUAAGGUGCACAAAGAAAGUUACAAUGAACUAAACCAGUGUUUGACAACUACCCAGAGUAAAAUAUUUCCAUGUGAUAAAUAUGUGAAAGUCUUUCAUAAAUUUUUAAAUGCAAAUAGACAUAAGACAAGACAUACUGGAAAGAAACCUUUCAAAUGUAAAAAAUGUGGCAAAUCAUUUUGCAUGCUUUUACACCUAAGUCAACAUAAAAGAAUUCAUAUUAGAGAGAAUUCUUACCAAUGUGAAGAAUGUGGCAAAGCUUUUAAAUGGUUCUCAACCCUUACUAGACACAAGAGAAUUCAUACCGGAGAGAAACCCUUCAAAUGUGAAGAAUGUGGCAAAGCUUUUAAGCAGUCCUCAACCCUUACUACACAUAAGAUAAUUCAUACUGGGGAGAAACCAUACAGAUGUGAAGAAUGUGGCAAAUCCUUCAACCGGUCCUCACACCUUACUACACAUAAGAUAAUUCAUACUGGAGAGAAACCCUACAAAUGUGAAGAAUGUGGCAAAGCUUUUAACCAGUCUUCAACCCUUACUACACAUAAGUUCAUUCAUGCUGGAGAGAAACCCUACAAAUGUGAGGAAUGUGACAAAGCUUUUAACCGAUUCUCAUACCUUACUAAACAUAAGAUAAUUCAUACUGGAGAAAAAUCUUACAAAUGUGAAGAAUGUGGCAAAGGCUUUAAUUGGUCCUCAACCCUUACUAAACAUAAAAGAAUUCAUACUGGAGAGAAACCCUACAAAUGUGAAGUGUGUGGCAAAGCCUUUAAUGAGUCCUCAAACCUUACUACACAUAAGAUGAUUCAUACUGGAGAGAAACCCUACAAAUGUGAAGAAUGUGGCAAAGCUUUUAACCGGUCCCCACAACUUACUGCACAUAAGAUAAUUCAUACUGGAGAGAAACCUUACAAAUGUGAAGAAUGUGGCAAAGCUUUUAGCCAAUCAUCAAUCCUGACUACACAUAAGAGAAUUCACACUGGAGAGAAACCCUACAAAUGUGAAGAAUGUGGCAAAGCUUUUAACCGAUCCUCAAAUCUUACUAAACAUAGGAUAAUUCAUACAGGAGAGAAAUCUUACAAAUGUGAAGAAUGUGGUAAAGCCUUUAACCAAUCCUCAACUCUUACUAAACAUAGGAAAAUUCAUACUAGACAGAAACCCUACAACUGUGAAGAAUGUGACAAUACAUUUAACCAGUCCUCAAACCUUAUUAACAAAAUAAUUCAUACUGGAGAGAAACUCUACAAAUAUCAAGAAUGUGGGAAAGCCUUUAAGCAGUCCUCAACACUUACUAGGCAUUAAAUAUUGGCCGGGUGCAGUGGCUUAUGCUGUAAUCCCAGCAUUUUGGGAGGCUGAGGCGGGUGGAUCACGAGGUCAAGAGAUCGAGACCAUCCUGACCAACAUGAUGAAACCCUGUCUCUACUAAAAAUACAA